CUCAAGAACGGCGUACCGAAGAGGCGCAUUCGGGGAUUUCAGGCGUGUUGGCAGAUGUAUGCCCGCCCGAAGUGCAAUACCUAGACGACGGUUGUUCACGCAUUCGUUCAAGAUCUAACUUUGGAUCUAAGUCUUUCCAUUUCAGACAUCGUUUCUUUUCAAGAGAAAAAUCACUUGCUAGACGGCCCCACUGAAUCAAACAUUGGUUCAGUAAAACCACGGAGACUUUGGGUUUGCCUCGAGAUAAUAUCGGAAACUUGCCAACAAUCCUCUCCUAUUCAGCAGAUCACGCAUAAUGAUCAUUCGCGAGUGGAAUUGGGCAGUAUGACGAUCCUUGCCGACUCAGAUCACCGCUGUCAACUUCGGGUUUUGCUUUCAACUUCGAAGAAGAAGCCCUCGAAGCCUGGCAUGAUUUUGGGAGAGUGGUUGUUCAGCUUUGGAACCCUGAUGGAGCACUCUGGUUCCGACAACAGGCUCCGACUUUGUAUGUACCAUCAAAGGCUCGCAAGUCCUUGCGGAGGCAGAACAGCUGUUGGAAAUCUGUCCUUUACAAUAAGUUCUGCGCCAGCUUUCAGCACCAGUGAGCAGGGGCAGAUCUUAAGACAGUUCCCUGAGCCGCAUCCGUCAAAUCAAUCGCCCGAGAUGUUCACUGCUCCUCAGGACCUCUCUUGGUCCAAAAAAGGUGGCAGCGAUUCCGGUAAAGGAUCGCGAGGCGGCUCGCAAAGAGACUCACCCUCUGUCUUGGAUCUUAAUCCUGGUAAUGGAUCGCGAGGCGGCUCGCAAAGAGACCUGCCAUCUGUCUUGGAUUUCUAUCUUGCUUUCAAGGAGCCAGACGAAUAUGAGAGGCCUGAAUCGCCUAUUCGUCAGACUCGGACGACCGCUGUCUUCCGUGGCCUCAAGAGAAAACUACGUAUGUACAUGCUUAGAGCCCGGCACCCCGCCAUAUAUGCGCGUUACAUUAACUCGCCGGGUCAGCAAGAGCACUCAAAUGUUUCCUUCGCCGUCUCUACUGUGAUCAUUGUGACCGACUCAGAUGUGGAUGGAAGUUGCUUGCACUGAUAUUUGUCGUGUCUGACGCGUGAUAGCACUAGUAUACGAAAACUCUGCAGAAAUCCUCUUCCGUUCAUUCAUGAUGAUUAUACUCUCCGAAAUCGGCGACAAAACCUUCUUUAUCUCCGCCAUCCUCUCCAUGCGACAUGCCCGCCUCGUUGUCUUCCUAGGCGCCUUCACAUCCCUUUUGCUCAU